AUGUUUCUCACGAAGCAACAUCUUCUGCUUUCCGCCUUCCUUGCAGCUUCGACUGUGCAGGGACACAUGAAGAUGUCUUCUCCUCAACCAUUUGGACAAGACAGCCUGAACAAUUCUCCCCUGGCUGCUGACGGCUCCGAUUUUCCUUGCAAACUACGAGGAGACACCUAUUCCUUUACACCCGCUACGCUUGCCGCUAACACCUACCAUGUGGGCGACUCACCUGAGCUGAGCUUGGUUGGUGGCGCAACUCACGGCGGCGGUUCCUGCCAGAUCAGCUUGACAACCGAUCUAGAGCCUACAAAGAACUCCAAGUGGAUGGUCAUCCAUUCCAUUGAAGGAGGUUGUCCCGUAAACGCAGCUGGCAAUAUCGGAAACGACGCCAACGCCCCUGAUCCCACAAAGUUCCACUUCCCAAUUCCUGAUAUCGCCCCGGGUCGCUAUACUUUGGCUUGGACCUGGUUCAAUCGGAUUGGUAAUCGCGAAAUGUACAUGAACUGUGCUCCUGUUCAGAUCCUUGCAAAGGGGGGUAGCAAGAAGCGAGAGGAGAAAACAUCGAUAUCCAAGCGUGCUGAUUUCCCUCAAAUGUUUGUCGCUAAUAUCAAUGGAUGUACAACUACGGAGGGAGUCGACAUUCGUUUCCCGAAUCCGGGCAGCUCGGUAGAACAACUUGGCCAGGCUUCAAAUCUUCAACCAUCGGGCCAGCCUGCCUGCUCUGGAGGUUCUGGACCCGUUACUGGUGUUGUCCCUGCAUCUCAGCCUACUGGCAGCACCUCUGCUGGCGGUUCGUCUGGCAGCUCUUCUAGUGCAUCUGGCGGUGCGUCUGGUGGUUCCUCUGGUUCGGCUGGUGCUGCUGGCAGCGGCUCCACAGAAGGAGCUCCAACUACCUUCGCUACCGCCGCUCAACCAACUACCGCGACCGCUCCGGAAAAUACCGUGCAGCCAGUUGCUUCCCCACCAGCAGAACCUUCCGCAAACCCAGGUGCUGGCGCCGGUACUGGUGCUAGUGGCGGUGCUACUUCUGGUGGUCUCACUGGCGCAUGUUCAUCCGAAGGUAUGUGGAAUUGUAUCGGCGGUAAAUCCUACCAACGCUGCGCGAGUGGUGCCUGGUCAGCUGUUCAACCUAUCGCUGCUGGAACCACAUGUCAGUCUGGACAGUCUGCCACGCUCAACAUUGUUGCAAAGCGAGAGUAUGGUGGCCACAUACACAACCGACGACAUCUUCUUAGUACGGCUUGAUAUUGAGUUGUAGCAGCUGGACUGCAAGUCAUUGACGCGUCUUUUCUCUUCUUUUGCCCUGGAGGUUCUUUAACUUGGUUCAUGAUUUUUAAACGGCCGUGCAUGUACAUGAGAAACGAAAAAUGAACAUGGGAAACAUUCUUCAAUCAUUAUAUUAUUAUUAUUCUGACUGUCUUGCACAAGUCAUAUAAAGAAUCCACCAUUGUUUUUGAGUCGUC